AUGAGUUGCUACAUCUGCCUGCGCGGCCAUGAUGCGCACAAGCUGCCGUUCCUUUGUCCCAUGGACGCCAGAAAUCAAAUUUACAGCGACCGCAUCAAACACGCGCAGCUUCUUGUCGAAAACGAAGGUCUCCGCAGCCACAUCAAUACCCUAAUAGGUGGCGCGGAGGCCGUCGACGCCGGCAAGGCUGCCCAAACCCUAGCCGAUGACGGCACCACACAGAUUCUAGAGUCGGCAGACAGAGUCCGACAGCAGAUUCGCGACGCAAAAGAAGAUAUACGUCAAAGGAGGGCCGCGCUCUCAACCCGUCGCUCACAGCUUGCCGCAGCUUCUCAUGGUGACUCGGAUCGCCGCUCCAAGGACCAGCGGGACGUGGAGAAGUCGACGCAGAUGUUCAACUUUCGCUGGUCGCAGAGCGCAGAGGAUAUGGCAGUUACCCGCGCCUUUUUGUGCAGAGAGGCCGUCAAACUCUACGGCCUAAAAAGGACGCGAAAGGGGGCCUCUGGUCGUUAUGAAUACUUGCUUGGCAGACUCCCAAUCAUUGAUCUAAGAGACAUGGAGGCGCAAACACCAGAGGCAAUUUCUACCUCACUUGCCCACAUAUCUCAUAUCUUAAUGCUCAUUGCCCAUUAUCUCGCCGUGCGCCUUCCAGCAGAGAUCACACUUCCUCAUCGAGAUUAUCCGCGGCCAACCAUAUUCAACCUUGCGGGCUCCUACCACCACGGCCGUACCUCAUUCCCUGGCACGCCAAGCGCAACCACCAUACUAAAUGAAACACAACAAACAAGUUCGCAGCAUUUACCGACGCCACGGCCGCUGUACAUUGACAAACCGCUGCGCCAAUUUGCCAAGGAAAACUCUGCCGCUUUUUCCUUCUUUCUCGAAGGUGUUACUUUGUUGGCUUAUAACAUCGCCUGGCUCUGCUGCUCACAGGGCGUUUCGAUUGGCGAUAAGAGCUCCUUUGACGAUAUAUCUAACAUGGGCAAAAACCUUCACAGCCUCCUUGUUAGCUCAUCUCUCCAGGGCCCAACGCUCGCAAACGCAGCGAAUGACGAUAGGCCCGGAACGAGUAAUAAAGACGAAGUGACCCCGAGUUGGAUAGGCCGUUACUCACACGGCACUGCUUUUUACGCCCUCGCCGGGGCUGACGGCACCGAGCUCGUCAGGACUUUCAAACUGCCCAGUCCCAUGAAGCUCGCGGACAAGCUAAAAAAGAAGAUCCUCGGGGAAGCAUCCGCGCCGGACUGGGAGCUGUUGGAAGACGAUGCUUGGAAAGUGGAUGACGCUGCCGGAGUCGAGCCCGGCAAAGAGCUUCCUGCUAACGGAUCCCAACCACUAAAGUCAGAGUCAAGGGGGUGGAUGAAAGUUAAGAGUAGAUAA